AUGGCUUCUUACGCUAUGGUUGCGAAUUUGAGUUCAUGGCUUACGAACAUGAUCAUAAGAAUCAUGGUCCUAAAGAAAUGGAAGAAAGUUGGUGUUAGGGAUGGCGAAGGCUUAGAUGUUAUUGUCGUCGAUGAAGCGGGAACCAAGAUACAAGCGUCUGUAACAAAGAAUGACUAUGUUGGAAUGUUUGAUUACGAGCUUCAGGAAGGAGAAUGGUAUAGCCUCUCCAAAUUCGGUGUUGUUAAUGCUCCGGUUGCAAACCGAUCAACAAAAAAUAAAUGGUGCAUCAUCAUGGAUUCUAACACUGAGAUCCAGAAAAUUGCAAGGAGGUCAUCGAGUCACGUAAUCAAACACUGUUGUUUCGACUUCGUGGUUUAUAGGAGUGUCGAUUUUUCAUUUCCUAUUGGAUGGAAUCAUGUUGUUGAUGGAGGUGGGAUAUUUCGAUUUGAGUUUGAUCCACAAUUUCCCGAGGCUCAGGAAUUGAAGCACAAGUUUUUGAUCACUUAUCAACAUACCAAAAUGUCAUCUAACUAUCGCUUCUAUGGGGCAAGGUGUAGCUGA